AAUCAUCCUCGCAUUAAAGUUUUGCCUUUUCCUGUACCAGAUGCAUAUCCUAUAGGCCAAACCAAAGCUAAUUUCAAUUAUUGACGCCAAAGCAAAAGGAAAGAAUACUGGGCAUGCGUUGAAGAAGCAAGAGUUAAUGGUUUGCUUUCAUCCAUCGGAGCCACACAACUGAAAAAUUCUUCUUUCUGCACCUUACAAUGGGAAAUUGCUGGGGUUCUCGACCUCACAACCCAACCCCAACAACCACCGGUAACCUUAGUACAGCUACACCGGGGACAUCUCAGUCCAUCAGCAGCAGCAGCUAUACUACUACUACAACAACUACAACCACCACUACUUCUUCUGGAAGUGGGAACAGCUCCAUAAAUAGCAAGUUCUCCGUGUCCAGCGGUGUUCAACCUUAUUCAAAUGGACAGAUCUUACCUACCUCUAAUUUGAGGGUCUUCACUUUUGCGGAGUUGAGGGCUGCAACUAGGAAUUUCAGGGCUGAUACAGUGCUUGGGGAGGGAGGGUUUGGAAAAGUUUUCAAGGGUUGGCUUGAAGACAAGACCUCGUCAAAGGCUGGGGGAAGUGGAGCAGUCAUAGCCGUCAAAAAAUUGAACUCCGAAAGCGUACAAGGAGUUGAGGAGUGGCAGUCCGAAGUACAUUUUCUAGGACGCCUUUCUCAUCCUAAUCUUGUUAAGCUGUUGGGAUACUGUUUUGAGGACCCAGAGCUUCUUCUUGUCUAUGAAUUUAUGCAAAAGGGCAGUUUGGAAAACCAUCUAUUUGGAAGGGGCUCUGCUGUUCAACCACUUCCUUGGGACAUCAGGCUUAAGAUAGCAAUUGGAGCAGCUCGUGGCCUUGCAUUCUUGCACACAUCCGAGAAAGUAAUUUACAGAGACUUCAAGGCCUCCAAUAUAUUGCUUGAUGGGUCUUAUAAUGCAAAGAUAUCAGACUUUGGCUUGGCAAAAUUGGGUCCUUCAGCUAGUCAAUCGCACGUGACCACAAGGGUGAUGGGCACAUACGGUUAUGCAGCUCCUGAGUAUGUGGCCACAGGGCAUCUAUAUGUAAAGAGUGAUGUAUAUGGGUUUGGAGUGGUUUUGGUGGAGAUACUAACAGGGCUACGAGCACUUGAUCCCAACCGUCCAAGUGGGCAACAUAAUCUAACAGAGUGGGUCAAACCAUACCUGUAUGAGAGAAGAAAAUUGAAGAGCAUUAUGGAUUCUCGUUUGGAAGGGAAAUUUCCAUCGAAAGCAGCAUUUCGUAUAGCUCAGCUUGCUUUGAAAUGUAUUGCAUCUGAGCCCAAACAGCGGCCAUCAAUGAAGGAAGUUUUGGAGAGUUUGGAGCGAAUUCAAACUGCGAAUGAGAAACCUGCAGAGCCUAAAUUCCGCUCCACUAAUACCCGUCAAGCUCACCAGGCUGUGCACCAUCGUUCUCCACUUCAGGACAGUAGUUACUAGUAGUUUAGUUUGUCUUGAGAAAACUAAUCCAGCUUAAUUAUGAAUGCCAUGGUAGAGAGCCCCUUGGUUGUGUUAUUUGUCUCUCCAUUCAAGAGUUUGCUAGUUGUUCAUUAUGUAUUUCUUGGAGUCAAAGAUUUGUACGGUAAAUCAUAUAUUAAUACUAUAAAGUGUAAAUGUUAUCAUGUGUUUUGAUUGA